UAAUUUGCUUGAGACUAAAAUUAAUCGCAUCCAGCAACUGAUACAAUGGCACGAUUAAAUUCUCGACAAAUUUGUGGUGUGGACAUCAAAGUAAUCAGUCAAGUAAUUAUCCGGGUGACUAUAAAAUGUAGGCGUUACUGUAAACGUAGUCCCGCCUGCAAUUAAUUAAUUAAUUACACGAGUGCGAUGGUUGUUUGUCGAGUCUCAUUUGUACUUAUAGUAAUGGUGGUGAUAUUGGAAUCUCCGUUUUCUUCAUCGGUCGAGACUUGUACUCUUCAAGGAAAGUCAAGAUCGUCUGAUUACUGUCACACUAAGUCAUUUGCUUCACAUCUCAGCAGCAUUUCUAAUUCGCACAAUGCUCCAGUACAUUCAGACGAUGCUUACAAGAAAGAAGAAAGCAAGACAAAAGAGCCUUCAGACGGUAAUUGUUAUUCAGGGACCUCGUGUUCCAGACCAGACCAGCGCAACCAUGCUGACAAAGCUGCAAGUGUUUUAGUAGACACUGUGGCUGACACGUCGUAUUCAUCUAAUGAUCCUGAACAGAAAGUCUCUGAUGAAUCAAACCUUCCCAUUGCUGUAUGGUGGUACCCUUUUACCUACAGAAGUCACGUGAUCAAACAGUGUAGUUUCGGCAAAUGCUUGUUUACACACAACAGAGAAAAACUCCAAAAUCCAAACACAGGAGCUGUACUCUUCUACGGCUCGGACAUCGAAUGGGAUGAUUUACCACUUCCGAGGAGGUCCGACAUAUACUGGGCUUUACUGCACGACGAAUCUCCAAAGAACGAGUGGGCAUUCAACCACGACAACACCAUCACUCUAUUCAACAUUACUUCUACGUUUAGCAGAUAUUCCGACGUCCCUCUGACAACUCGGUUUAUCAAGGGCUUGAAUUGGUUACGCAAUCCCGCAGUUUCUCUGAUGGAGAAGAAAGGAGGUCAAAGAUCAGCCAUAGCUUAUGUACAAUCGUCUUGUCACUCGCCAUCCGAUCGUGAGAGAUAUGUCAAAGAGUUGAUGAAAUAUAUACAAGUCGACUCACUCGGUUCUUGUUUUCACAACAAAGACCUUCCCAACGAUUUGGCAGGGACGGGGAAGUUGGACCAACCAGAAUUUUGGCAACUGAUGGCAAAGUACAAAUUCACUCUGGCAUUUGAAAAUGCCAAUUGCCCAGAUUAUACAACCGAGAAAUUGUGGCGUACACUACAUCUUGGCUCCAUACCAAUAUAUUUGGGUACCAACACUGCUAGAGAGUGGAUUCCAUCGAAUAAGUCAGUAAUUUUCACACGAGAUUUCUCUAGUCCAAAGGAGCUGGCUGACUACGUUACUUACCUGGACAAGAAUGAUGAGGAAUAUCUCAAAUAUUUACAAUUUAAAAUGGAGGGUGGGAUAACCAAUAAGAAGUUGAUCGACGAGCUGAAUCAUCGAGCUUACAGUUUCUAUCAAUCCGGAAAUGAUUUUAUUCAAGCAUUCCAGUGCUACGUGUGUGACCGCAUGUAUCAAAACUUUGAAGCUAUUCGAAGUGGUAAAGGUGUGUUAUCUCAGGUUGCAAACGGCAGUCAUUAUGGGUGUCCCAGACCAUUUGCCUCGUUGGAAAACGUUGUGAGUCGUACAGAAGAUUUUCAACUUUCAUAUUAUCAAAUGGCGUAUGAGAAGGCUGAUUUUGUUGGAGAGGCAGUGCAGAAUAUGAUUGCGGCAGGGGAAACGGAUAACUCAAGAUUUACAGAAUAUUUUAAACAAGUACAAAAUCUUUAGGCUGUUGACUAAGUGAUAUAAUUGUGUGUAAGUACUGUACACACAAAAGGCCUAGUUUGGGCUUGGAAGGAUGUUGCUGCUAUCUUGAUAGGUAGAUGAACGGAAAGUUUGAAU